AUGCAGACUGCUCGAGCAGCAGAGGCCACCACUGCUGGAUUGCGUGUUUUUGGUUCCUUUAGAGGUCAUGAUAGCUCCCUAUUAAGGACAACAGUACUUCAGCAAACAUUGAUGUUGGCAAUUGAUGAUACAUGUAUGCUGCUAUUUGCUAUGUUGAAAAUUCCAAGCACAGAUUUGUAAAACAGACAGGAAAUAGCCUAUUGUUGACUUGGUGAUGUGAGGUCUCAAUCUUGAAUUAAACUUUGUCUCUGUUCAGGUUCAGCAAACAUUUGGCAUGCAACCUUGGGUUAUGACAAAGAAACACUAUGACAAAGUUACACAGUUGGUGAUACAAUUCAUAACUUACCCGGUUUAGAUAGCUGUUUUCUUUUCUUCCAUCUUCUCAGAAUGUGCAGGCACCCCAUAGCUAAUAUGAGGUGUGCAAAAAUAAUAAAUAUGACAGUAAGGACACGCUUUUAUCCAAAGCGACAGUAUGCAUGCAUUCAUUUUCCGUUCGUGACCCCGGGAAUCGAACACACAAUCAUGACGUUUCGCGCGCCUUGAUUUUUUCCCAUUGACUGUCAUGGUCGUUAUUUAUUUGACUAUUUUAAUAUGUUAUUGAAUACAUUUCUAACAGUUUAAUAGGCUAUUGCAAUAAUUCAACAUGCAUGGUAGGCUGCAUCACUCGUUCAGCUUAGGUAGCUCUGCGGUCGCCGGGCAUUCUCCACUAUUGAUAUAAUUAGUACGUUUUUAGAAAAUACAAUUAUUUUACCUUCUAGGCUACAACAACAAAGUGCAUUGAGGAAUGUAUUAUCUUUACUAUACAUUCAUUGUCUAGGCUGUAAACUGCAGUGAUGUAGGCUAAUUUGAAUAACUGCUCAAACGUCCUUUUGUGUUUCAUGACGAAAUAAAGCCCUGAUUAUACAACCAUUUGGAUUAGUUAUGGGUUUAUUCUCAACAGUUUACAAGCUCCAGAAGUUACAUUAGGCCACCCAUAUGGUGUAUUUUGUCAGGAUGUAUCGGCGUUUAUAGAUAGGCCUACCAUAGAAAAAUAGGCUAUAGCCUAUUACACUGACAGUGGCAGUCGGGUCCAUUUAAGAUGAGGGAGGACGAUUAUUAAUUUUUUAUGAGCAUGGCCUUAUUUCUAUUACAGUAUAUUUGAUUAGUGUAAUUCAUAUUCCAUUCACCCAGUUCCAUGUUACAUCGAUAGGUUUAGGUUACUACAUGAUACUCGAAUUUUCCCUAUACCCAUCAUGAGGUUGCUCCAACCUAGCCUAUGAAUGAACGUUUACAACGUAGGUGCACAGGUUGAGAGAAAAUGACACAUUAAAUACCGGCGUGUACAAUAUUGACUGCAUCUAGCUGAUCUAGGGUGUAAUCAUUAGUCUAACAGUUGCAAACGAGAGUUUCUAUUGGACAAAUUCAGGUAUGUUUAUCCCCGUUUCGUUCCGUUUGCUUCCAUUUAAGAAACGUUUUUCAACUGAUUCUUUGGAAUGAAAACAUUUCCAUUGACCCCCGGUACCGGUACCCCCUGUAUACAGCCUCAUUAUUGUUAUUUUAUUGUGUUACUUUUUUAACAUCUUUUUUUUUUUAACUUUUGUUUAUUUAGUAAAUAUUUUCUUAACUCUAUUUUCUUAAAACUGCAUUGUUGGUUAAGGGCUUGUAAGUAAGCAUUUCACGGUAAGGUCUACACCUGUUCUUUUUGGCGCAUGUGACAAAUUUGAUUUGAUUUGAUUUAAACCUGCUACAAUCAUGCAGUACAGUCAAUAAGCAGUUUAGCAGUUACACCGGCAGGUCCCGGUUGCAAGAAAUUAGUCAAACCAAAAGCUUACCUUGACUUGGAAGAAUUCCAGUGUUGGAUUGUCAUAGCCAGCUAGCUAACAUAGCUCUCUGUUUGAGCAGGGUGUUUGAGUAGGCUAAACUAGCUAGCUACAUUUGCUACCUAAGUAAAUGAAAGUGAAAGUCUUUUUUUAAUAUAGCUAGCCCCCAAUUUGUCGCUGUACAUUUAAAAAAUGCUGAACAUGCAGUUAUAUUGACUACGUCUGUCCUAGCUCGCUCAUUAAUGUCUUAAUCGAAAUUAAUUUCCUCUUAUCCGCUCGUCGUUCCUUUAUGCCAUAGUUUCUACAUCUCAAUUGUCAGUAGAAACCACAUUUGUUUAAGCAAGUCAGCCAUAUCAGCUAUGUUUCAAAAAAGCUGUAAAUGAGGCUGAAUGAACUGUUUCGCUGCCAGACAAGGUGCCGCUGAUAGCCAGGUGUAGCGGUGGUAAGAAUUCACUCCAUGGUGCUGAAAAGAAAGCUCUGCUGUUGGAACAGCUUCAUGUAGGCCCUAACAGUUUGUGGGCACCGUUUGUCACCGUUAUAGUGCAAUUAAUGUAUUGUUUAGUGCUGUGUUGUGUAGUGGCUUUGCUGUUUUAUUUUUUAUUUUUUGCCCCACCAAGAUUUACAGUGCAUUCGGAAAGUAUUCAGACCACUUCACUUUUUCCACAUUUUCUUACGUUACAGCCUUAUCCUAAAAUGGAUUAAAUAGAAAAAUGUCCCUCAUCAAUCUACACACAAUGCCCCAUAAUGACUAAGCAAAAACAUGUUUUUCAAAAUUUUUGCAAAUGUAUAAAAAAAUCCUAAACUAGAAAUACCUAUUUUACAUAAGUAUUCAGACCCGUUGCAAUAAGACUCGAAAUUGAGCUCAGGUGCAUCCUGUUUCCAUUGAUCGUCCUUGAGAAGUUUCUACAACUUGAUUGGAGUCCACCUGUGGUAAAUUCAAUUGAUUGGACAUGAUUUGGAAAGGCACACACCUGUCUAUAUAAGGUCCCACAGUUGACAGUGCAUGUCAGAGCAAAAACCAAGCCAUAAGGUCGAAGGAAUUGUCCGUACAGCUCCGAGACAGGAUUAUGUCCAGGCACAUUUCUGCAGCAUUGAAGGUCCCCAAGAACACAGUAGCCUCCAUCAUUCUUAAAUGGAUGAAGUUUGGAACCACCAAGACUCUUCCUACAGCUGGCCGGGAGAAGGGCCUUGGUCAGGGAGGUGACCAAGAACCCGAUGGUCACUCUGAAAGAGCUCCAGAGUUCCUCUCUGGAGAUAGAAGAACUUUCCAGAAGGACAACCAUCUCUGCAGCACUCCACCAUUCAGGCCUUUAUGGUAGAGUGGCCAGACGGAAGCCACUCCUCAGUGAAGGGCACAUGACAGCUAGCUUGGAGUUUGCCAAAAGGCACAUAAAGGACGCUCAGACCAUGAGGAACAAGAUUCUCUGGUCUGAUGAAACCAAGAUUGAACUCUGGCCUGAAUGCCAAGCAUCACGUCUGGUGGAAACCUGGUACCAUCCCUACGGUGAAGCAUGGUGGUGGAAGCAUCAUGCUGUGGGGAUGUUUUUCAGCGGCAGGGACUGGGCAACUAGUCGAGAUUGAGGGAAAGAUGAACGGAGCAAAGUACAGAGAGAUCCUUGAUGAAAACAUGCUCCAGAGUGCUCAGGACCUCAGACUGGGGCGAAGGUUCACCUUCCAACAACAUAACAACCCUAAGCACACAGCCAAGACAAUGCAUGAGUGGCUUUGGGACAAGUCUCUGAAUGUCCUUGAGUGGCCCAGCCAGAGCCCGGACUUGAACCUGAUCAAACAUCUCUGGAGAGACCUGAAAAUAGCUGUACAGCGACGCUCCCCAUCCAACCUGACUGAGCUUGAGAGGAUCUGCAGAGAAGAAUGGGAGAAACUCCCCAAAUACAGGUGUGCCAAGGUUGUAGCGUCAUACCCAAGAAGAGUUGAGGCUGUAAUCGCUGCCAAAAGUGCUUCAACAAAGUACUGAGUAAAGGGUCUGAAUAAAUAAGUAAAUGUCAUAUUUCAGUUUUUUAUUUUCAAUACAUUUGCAAACAUUUCUAUAAACCUGUUUUUGCUUUGUCAUUAUGGGGUAUUGUGUGUAGAUUGAUGAGGGAAAAAAAACAAUUUAAUAAAUGUUAGAAUAAGGCUGUAAAGUCAAGGGGUUUGAAUACUUUCCAAAUGCACUGUACAUGCUAAAAUCUCCACUGCCUACAGAGUGCUGUUGAGGCUACUGUAGACCUUCAUUGCAAAACAGUGUGUUUUAAUCAAUUAUUUGGUGACAUGUGAAUAUAUUUAAUAUAGUUGUAUCUAAAAAUGAUAACCUAUUAAAUGUUUCACUAUUUUUAUUUGUAUGAAAUUCACUGAGGAGGACGGUCCUCGCCAUCCUCCUCCUCCGAGGAGCUUCCACUGGACACUGAGAUGUGCUGUCUGUCGUGGAUCUUGUAUUUCAAGUCGUCCUAUAAUUAACGUGGCCACCAGCAUAUGCCUAAAAAUCGCUAUUGCCAUUAUAUUAAACCAGGAUUGGCCGAAGGACUGAAAUUAAUAUAAUUCGUUUGAGUAGGGUUCCCCACAUUUUUUUUUUAUAGCAUAAAUUCUGUAGGGUCCUUCUCCAUCUUAUAGCCUAAUGGGCCGAAUUCUUGCUUGCAAAUGACCUAGCAAAUUUGAGGUGAAAUUAUUACAACAAUUUGUUUUUUUUAUUGUUCCAUCACCUGCCGAAUAAAAACCUAAUGUGGCCCUACCUCUGAAAAAAAGUUAUUCGGGCCAGAUAUGCUGAAGUGGACUCGGCCCGAGUACCAUUAGCCGGAACCAAGAGUUAUUCUGCCGGACUCGGGAAGAGCUCGGCCCGUAUGAAGUCCGAGUCGAUGCAUAGUCCCCUGAGUCUCAGACAGAAUAGGCCUGAACCCACCAUGUUGACUGGGAGGUCUCUUUCUUACAAAUCACUCAAAUUGAUACAAUUCCUUGGCCUAAUCUAAAUGAGAGAUAGUUUCUGUUCUACAUAGUUUUGCCAGAACGUUCUGUAGCGUUGCACCCAUAUGGUUGCACCCACUGAAAGCACCCCAGGCCAGAUGUUUGAGGCUGACUGAAAGCAAUCUAAACCUGUCAUAUGGAACUUGCUGUUGCAGUCAUUGGCGGUUGAAUAUCAUUGGUUGAUGUCUGGCCUACCACUCAGCGGGAGGGACAAAGUUGAAGGAAAUUGGACAGUUUUGACAGCAGCUGUCAGCUGUCGAAGAACCAGAUGGAGUAGAUACAUUCUUUCGGUAUAUGGGAGAGCUCUGUAGGGAGAGCAACCUAGCUAGCUUGCCAACUUUGGACACAACAUUCGUUCAUUGAUCAUAUCUAGUACUGGUAGCUUUAAACCUAGCAAAUUUUUUUUAUUAUUUUUUUUAUUUAACCUUUAUUUAACCAGGUAAGCCAGUUGAGAACAAGUUCUCAUUUACAACUGCGACCUGGCCAAGAUAAAGCAAAGCAGUGCGAUAAAAACAACAACACAGAGUUACAUAUGGGAGAAUAAUAUAAAUACAUGGUAGAGAAUAAAAGCUUUCUUUCUUCCUCAACUAGUUGAGUGCUAGUUGAGCUUGUAGUAGCUAGCUAGCUAGCUAUAGGCUAAUCUGCUGGCCAAUUUCCAUAUUUCACUGACUUUCAGUUUUGUUUCCGUAUUCAUGGCCUCUCUUCUCAGCUCAUACUUUGCAAGCUAGUUAGGUGGCUAUAGCUGCAUCUGUUGACCACAUGUCAAUACUCUGCAACCAUACUAUUGCCACUAUUGCUGGCCAACUAACUUGACUCUCUGUAACGUUAACGGCUAAAUAGGUUGCUAUUGCUAGCUAGCUCCAUGGACCCUCCUAGGAAACGAGUAUUGCCUGCACCCCUACCAGACGGUUUUACACUGACAGACAAAGAGAAGAAGCGAUGGACACUGGGCAGAAUAAUUGACCAAGGAGGCUUUGGAAUUUUUAAUUUUUUUAUUUUACCUUUAUUUAACCUGGCAAGUCAGGUAAGAACAAAUUCUUAUUUACAAUGACGGCCUACACCGGCCAAACCCGGACGACACUGGGCCAAUUGUGCGCCGCCCUAUGGGACACCCAAUCACAGCCAGUUGUGAUACAGCCUGGAAUCAAACCAGGGGGUCUGUAGUGACGCCUCAAGCACUGAGAUGCAGUGCCUUAGACCGCUGCGCCACUCGGGAGCCCGAGGUAGAUCUACCUAGGUAGGUAACCAGACUAGUAUGUCAAUCCAUCAAGUUAUCACUGAUUCUCAAACCCCCUCCUCCCUCCCUCCCUCAACACAGACUCACACACACAUCCCUCUUGGAGUGACAAGAGUGGUGAGACCCCAAUUUAUGGAGCAAAACACAUGACCAGCAAUCACAGAUUAGUUUUUUGGGUGUAAACACAUCACCAACAGACCACAAAAACUGGGGUACAUCUGAUUGCUUCCUGUCAUGAUUAUCACGGUUUAUGUGUCCCUCUGUUUUUCUUUGUCUCUCUCUCUCCCAGCUCUCUUUUGCUCCCCCCUUCUCUCUUACACCCUAUUUCUCUCCCUCCUUUUCCCCAUCUCUUACUUUUUCUCUGUCUCCCUUCUUCCCUCUCUCCCUUCAGCUUCGCACGACGUGGACACGCCUGUUGGGGAGGACUCUAACUUUGUGAUUAAAGUGGUAAGUAUAGGAAUGGCUGAUUGUGUUGUGUGAGUCAAGGCAUUAACACCUAUGUGUAGGCAUUGUCAUUUCUUCAGAGAUAAACUAGAGAUGAUUGACAGUUUGACUUAACCACAAUCAUUUACUGUUAGGCUCCAUUGCUCUCUCACUUUGUAUUCCUCUCUUGCUUGCUCUCCUCAUUGGGUUUUCUUGGAUAUGGAAAGUGACAAUGAGGAACUCCUGGCUUUAUAUGCUUAUAGAACUGCCUAUAAUUUUAAGGCAGAACAUGCAACAGCUUUCAGCAUGUCUAUUUAUGAAAUAGUGUGGGCCUAGGCUAUUUCCACAUUUCUUCUUAUUUGACCCUCUUAUUUCAUUGUGUCUGCAGGGGUACCAUGAGAAUGGGCCUCUGUUUUCUGAGCUCAAGUUCUAUCAGAGGUGAACUAAACCUGAGAACAAUGAGUAUCAACAACUUCAAUCAUUCAACAUCAUCAUGCAGCAGACAUAUGGUCAAGAAUGCAUAGCCUUUAUCCCACAAAGGCUACAUACUGUUUGGUUACAGCAAAACCUGUUUUAGGCUACCUCUUAUAUGAGCAGCCAGGCCCAGUGCAGCAGGAGUGAACUUGGCUGAUGAAAUGGCCAUAGACAUGAAGACUGCUGCCUGGUGUAAUUAAUAAGCCAAAGCUAACAUGCACCUCAGUGGCAGUUAGCCCCUUCCCUGCUUGUUUGAGUUCUAAUUCAUAGAGAGGGACCCAAUCACACAUAAUGAUGCCUGCUCCUCCACUGGGCCCCUGACCACCUGCCAGUCUGGUGGAGAGCCAGUCAGGCCAGUCACCACUCCAAGACAGGCCUACUGUUCACUGUGUGUGUGCUUGCCUGUCUGUCUGUUUCUCUCUCUGUCUGUCAGUGUGUGUCUGUGUCUAUAGUUUGAAGUGCAUGCUUGUGUGUCUGGCUUAGACAUGUCCUUCCAUAUUUCCUCUGUCUGGUCAUAUGUGUUUUUGCGAACAGUUCAGACAGAGUCAACCUAAAUCGACAGUAAUUCAAUUCACAUCACUUCCCAAUUUGUUGCAUAACUUUUAAGACCAAAGGCUCAGGUCCCCUAGGAUUGUAUCUUGGGCACUUGGCCAUAUUUGCUAAGCACUAGCAUCAGUUACUUUCAGAGGGAAUAAAACAGAGGUAAAUAAUGAACGCAACGAGUAAUGAAUGAAACAAUAAGGCAAAGAGCAAAUAUGUACAGUGUUCUGUUUUUGCACUUUUUUUUGUGUCUGGUAUUCCUGUAGAAAAAUAAUAGGUGCAACCAUUGCACUGGUGAAAAUACAUUUAAAUAUGUCGUAAAUACUGUUUAUUAAUUAAUUUUAUUUCACCUUUAUUUAACCAGGUAAGCCAGUUGAGAACAAGUUCUCAUUUACAACUGCGACCUGGCCGUAUGUAUAUGUAGGAUACAGUACAUUACAUUGUUUGAUUUUUGUAAUUCUGUCCUGCUGUUGUCUCAGUGCUGAGGUGGAAGAGGAGCAAGAAGCUGGACUUCCUGGGGAUCCCUGCAUACUGGGGAUCAGGACUGGCAGAACACAACGGAACCAGGUACUACUGACCAUUACAUGGUGUAGUUAUGGUCAUGAUGAGGAUGAUGUUGAUGAUACUUGGUUAAUAAUCCCUCACAUUGGGGUUGGGAAGUGUGUCAGAGAUGAUUUUACCCCUUAUCCUUGACCUUUGCCCUGUUCAGGUACAGGUUCAUGGCGAUGGACCGUCUGUGCAGUGACCUUCAGAAGGUGUGUGAGAGAAAUGGUAGCAGGCUAAAGAUAGACACAGUGCUACAGCUAGGACGUGUCCUGGUGAGUCUCUUACUCUGUUAUCCUCUUCAUCAUCCAUUGCUGCAUAUCACAAGAUGGAAUGGAAAGAUUUCACCUACUCUUUGUCUCCUUGUCCUCCUACAGCUGGAUGUGCUUGAGUAUAUCCAUGACAACAAGUAUGUCCAUGCAGACGUAAAGGCUGCCAACCUAAUGCUUGGUCACACAGACCCAGACAAGGUUAGCACUAGCACUGUCUAAAUACAGUAGGCAUGUGUAUUGAAGGAAUUUCUUGUACUGUGUACAAAACAUACGUAGAAGACCGUUACAAACUAUACUAACAUUGAGCAUUGUGUUAAGCUUCUACUUGUAAGUUAUCUACACAUACUGUCUGUUUAUUCCCUGUUCUGCAGGUGUACCUGGCUGACUACGGCCUGUUCUACAGGUACAGCCCAGAUGGAGUACACAAGGAGUACAAGGAAAACCCAAAGAAGGGACACAACGGAACCAUAGUGUCACACCCUGGUGUUGGGACUCAUUAUUGUUUAUCCAGGGUGUGUGCAGUCUAAUUGUUCCAUGUUCCAUGUUGUUGUCUUUAUUUGGACUUCACGAAUCGUCUUUGUUUGUUGUUUUUGUAUUUACGUGCUUUAUAUAUUAAAGUCAUGUUCACUCGCUACGCUGCGCAUUGGUCUCAUCCUUACGACGUUCGUGACAGAAAAACCCACCAAAGAAAGACCAAGCAGCGUGUCCAGGAGCAAGGAGACUGGACAUGGGAGGAGGCGCCGGGCAAGGAGAUGGAGAGGCUGGCGAUGGCCCAGGUGGGCACAGUGUGGUCCUGGGAGGACAUGCUCGGAGGCAAGGGACCUUGGGGGAAGAUCAAGGCCCUGGCAAGAGAGGAGCAUCGGCGGCAGCAGGUUCAACGUCGUAAGGACGAGAGGCAACCCCAAUAAAUUUUUGGGGGGGGGCACAUGGCUUGGGCGAAGGAGCAGCAGGAGGCUGCCACAAGGGAGAGUCAGAAGGCGGCCAGGUUAAGGGGGCUGAAGGAGGCAGAGAAGGGUAGGAUUCAGUGGGCUACCAGGUCAAGGGGGCUACUGGGUAAAGCAGAGAGGGAAGGUGUUGAGGCACGGCGUGAGGUACUGGGGUGUGUAACCAGUUCGGUCCGGCCCGUUCCUGAUCCUCGGUUGAGGCCAGUGGUGUGUGUUCCCGGUAUGGACCGGCCUGUUCCUACUCCACGCACCUGGGAUACGGUGCGCUUCGCCAGCCCGGCCCGGCCUGUUCCGGCCACUCGCACCAGGGAUACGGUGUGCGUCGCCAGCUCAGCCCUGCCUGUUCCUACUCCACGCACCAGGGAUACGGUGCGCUUCGCCAGCUCAGCCCGGCCUGUUCCUACUCCACGCACCAGGGAUACGGUGCGCUUCGCCAGCCCAGCCCGGCCUGUUCCUACUCCACGCACCAGGGAUACGGUGCGCUUCGCCAGCCCGGCCCGGCCUGUUCCGGCCACUCGCACCAGGGAUACGGUGCGCGUCGCCAGCCCAGCCCGGCCUGUUCCUGCUCUCCGCACUAGGCGUGAGGUGAGUCCCCAGGGUCCAGCAUGCCCUGUUCCGGCUCCCCGCACUAGGCGUUAUGGGAGUCCCCAGGGUCCAGCAUGCCCUGUUCCGACUCCCCGCACUAGCCCUGAGAUGCGUGUCCUCAGCCCGGUACCUCCAGUUCCGGCACCACGCAACAGGCCUACGGUGCGCCUCAGACGGCCAGAGUCUGCCGUCUGUCCAACGGGGCCUGAACUGUCCGUCUGCCCAACGGGGCCUGAACUGUCCGUCUGCCCAACGCCGUCUGAACUGCCCGUCUGCCCAACGGCGCCUGAACUGCCUGUCGGCCCAACGCCGUCUGAACUGUCCGUCUGCCCAACGCCGUCUGAACUACCCGUCUGUACAGAGCCUACAAAGCCGCCCGUCUGCCAUGAGCCUUCAGAGCCGUCCGCCAGAUCGGAGCCGCUAGAGCUCUCCGCCAGACAGGAUCAGCCAGAGCCUUCCGCCAGACAGGAUCAGCCAGAGCCUUCCGCCAGACAGGAUAAGCCAGAGCCUUCCGCCAGACAGGAUCAGCCAGAGCCUUCUGUCAGACAGGAUCAGCCAGAGCCUUCCGCCAGACAGGAGCAGCCAGAGCCUUCCGUCAGACCGGAUCAGCCAGAGCCUUCCGCCAGACGGGAUCAGCCAGAGCCUUCCGCCUGCCAUGA